AUGCAAGAAGUAGUGAAGAAGGAAAUUAUAAAGUGGUUAGACGUAGGUGUGAUCUACCCUAUUGUGGAUAGCAAAUGGGUAAGCCCGGUGAAAUGUGUACCAAAAAUGAGAGGUAUCACAGUGAUCCUAAAUGAAAAAGGGGAGCUUGUAUCUAUGAGGUCGGUGACCGGAUGGAGGGCAUGCAUGGAUUACCGAAAGUUAAACUCGUGGACUGAACAGAUCAGUUUCGCAUGCCCUUCAUGGAUCAAAUUCUUGAUCGGCUUUCAGAGAGAAGUUGGUAUUGCUUUUAGGAUGGGUAUUCCGGUUACAACCAAAUCUCCAUUGCUUCGGAAGACCAAGAGAAAACCACCUUCACAUGUCCCUAUGGGACUUUUGCCUUUAAAAGGAUGCCAUUCGGAUUAUGCAAUGCUCCGACAACAUUCCAAUGUUGCAUGUUAUCUAUCUUUGCUGACAUGGUGGAGGAUUCAAUGGAGGUAUUUAUGGAUGACUACUCAGUUGUGGGUGAUAAUUUUGAGGCAUGUUUAG